AGAGCAGGCUGGAAAAUUCACCCACUAAUUUUGAAAAAAAUUGGCCCCCUCAUUUUUUUCAGGAGAGUUUCUCAAAUGAAAAGAUGAAUGGUAAUGCAGUUUUUACUUUUGUGAACUUCGUUACUUGAUAGCAUUUUCAUAUUGAGUAUAAAUACUGAUAAAGGGAGCAUUGUUGUUGAUUUAAUUAGGUUUGGUGAUUCAAUCUGGAAAAAGGUCAAAAAUGCUGUGCAGGCAAUUCAGAAAUUAUAUUAUUUUGUGCAAUAAAAAAUACUCGAAUAAUGCUGCUUCAGUUAUCAGUUCUAGGUUGGACAUUAGUUCCCAACAAUACAAAGAAAAUGUUUCCUAUAUGUCAGAACUCGUGAAAAAUCUGCAUGAAAAAACGAAAGAUGUGCUCAAAGGAGGUGGAUCAAAAGCUAUCAAAAGACACACGUCUUCUGGAAAGUUACUGGUUAGAGAAAGGAUAAAUAUACUAUUAGAUCCAGAUAGUGCAUUUCUAGAACUUUCUCCAUUGGCUGCUAAUGGCAUGUAUGAUGGAUCGAUUAAGUCUGCAGGGAUAAUCACAGGUAUAGGACGAAUUCAUGGUAAGAAUUGUAUGAUAGUUGCAAAUGAUGCUACUGUAAAAGGUGGUACAUACUUCCCAAUGACUGUCAAGAAACAUUUGAGAGCGCAAGAAAUAGCUGCAGCCAAUAAAUUACCCUGUAUUUAUUUGGUUGAUAGUGGAGGUGCGUUUUUACCAAUGCAAUCUGAAGUCUUUCCUGACAAAGAACAUUUUGGAAGAGUUUUCUUUAAUCAGGCUAAUAUGUCUUCACAGGGUAUAGCACAGAUAGCAGUUGUUAUGGGAUCUUGUACUGCAGGAGGAGCGUAUGUACCUGCAAUGGCUGACGAAUCAGUUAUCGUGAAAAAACAGGGUACCAUAUUUUUAGCAGGUCCACCUUUAGUGAAAAGUUCAACUGGUGAAAUAGUUACUGCCGAAGAAUUAGGAGGGGCCGAUCUCCAUUGCACCACUUCUGGAGUUACAGAUCAUUACGCCCACAACGAUAGGCACGCUUUACAAAUUGCAAGGAAUAUAGUCAAAAAUUUAAAUACUGCCGAAAAAAAUGAGUUUUCUAGCGAAUUUGAGGAACCUUUGUAUGACUGUGAAGAAUUAUAUGGAAUACUCGGUAAAGAUUUACAGAAGCCAAUUGACGUCAGAGAAGUCAUUGCCAGAAUUUUUGAUGGGUCGCAAUUCAACGAAUUCAAAAAGAAAUAUGGAGAAACCUUGGUUUGCGGAUUUUCAGAAUUAUAUGGAAAAACCGUUGGAGUUUUGGGAAAUAAUGGUGUUCUCUUUUCUGAGUCUGCUCUAAAAGGGGCACAUUUCGUCCAAUUGUGCUCUCAAAGGAAAAUUCCUAUAAUUUUUCUACAAAACAUAACUGGAUUUAUGGUUGGAAGACAAGCAGAAACUGGUGGUAUUGCUAAGAAUGGAGCUAAAUUAGUGACUGCUGUUGCAUGCUCCAAAGUUCCUAAAAUAACAUUGAUCAUUGGAGGUUCGUUUGGUGCUGGAAAUUAUGGAAUGUGUGGAAGGUCAUACUCGCCCAGAUUUUUGUACCUUUGGCCUAAUUCAAAAAUAUCGGUUAUGGGAGGACCUCAGGCCGCAGGAGUACUAUCUCAAGUUGCAAAUAAGGGCAACGACUGGGAUGACGAUAAAAUUCGUGAAUUUGAAAUGCCCAUUUUGGAUCAGUUUGAAAAAGAGAGUUCAGCCUAUUUCAGCACUGCAAGAUUGUGGGAUGAUGGUAUAAUCGAUCCGAAAGACACGAGAAAAAUCUUGGGACUAAGUUUGGCCGCUGCCAUUAAUAACUGCGACGUAGAAGAAACAGUACACGGUAUAUUCAGAAUGUGAUCUUUAUGAAACUUCCGAGUUCCAUCUACGAACAUUCAUAUUCAUUUAAUUUUUUUUUCAAUGAAUAUAUUUUUAUAACACGAUCCGAAGAUGAUUAAAGAAAUAUUUUUUU